AUGUCAAGUGAUGAUGAAAUUGUUCGCGAAGACAAUGAUAAACAUUAUCACGAUAAAGUUUAUCACUUGGCUCUUAGCCCUAAUGGUCAUUAUAUAGCAACCUUUAAAUCUGAUACGUUGGAAUUUAAGGUCAUUGAAACAAAAGAUGCCCAAAAAUUAGAUACUAAACCGCCGCAUACGGAGCUUUUGGAAUGGUCAAUCUCGAUAUCAAAUAACUUUCGUCAAGAUAAUAAACCAAAACUUUACUUGGCAAUUUCUUGUAUAAUGUUUGGUGACAUGAUUAAGCAUAAGGAUAAAAAAGACGGGACCGUUAAAACAUUCAAAAAUUUGCAACCAUUGAAAAAAUUAAAAGACAUUAUGACUUCCAAUGUUGGUAGUGGUGAGGACCCUGAGAUUGCUGCUAAUAAUACUCCUAGUGGGAAAAGUGAGAAAAACGAAAAGAAUAAAGAUGGUGAUGAUAAUAAAGGUUCUUUAUAUUACACAGCCGAUAGAAAACAUAAAUGCAAAACAAUCAUACUUACAAUAACAUUAGAAGAUGAAGGUCAUAAUGAUCCAGAUAAUUAUACCAUAAAUGUCUCAAGUAACCAAACCAAAAACUUUUUCUCCCUAAAUGAUCAAGCUGGCAUUUUAACUUUCCUACCAACUGGUUACGAUAUAGAUCAAAGAUUUGCUGAUUCUCUUUCCGUCAAAUCACCACAUAAUUCAACUUUAACAAAGUUAUUAUCUUCAUCAAUCAUGACACCGGAAAUAUCAUCACUAUUAAACGCUCAUAAGAAAACAACUCUGGUCCUAUUUAAUUCAUCAGGUAUUUAUAGGAUAAUAUUAAACACCAAGGAAAACAAAAUGGAUGAAAUUCAAACUUAUCGAUAUCCACACAAUUUUGAAGAGGAUCUGGUCAGAUAUUAUGCUAAUAAACCAUGUAUAGGUAGACUGAGUAGAUGUAUUUAUGAGAACUAUCUUUUAUUUGAUCAGUAUAAAGACAGAGUUCAAACUAUGGAAAAUGGACUGGAAAUUGGCUCAAAGGAUUUUGGUGAAGAUCAGCAAAUUAUACUAACGGAAUUGUUUAAUGAUGAUGAACAAGUAUUGGUACUAACUCAAGCUAAAAAUGAUUCAAGACCAGUAAUAAACAUUUGGAAUUUAUUUUACGAUAAUUUUCGUGGAUUGUUCCCAUCAAAGAAUAUUGAGAGAUCUCAUUUAGCAAGAAAUUCAAAAGAUGUAUUAAGAAUAUAUGGUGAUGGAAGCGUAGUCAACAUUACGAAUCAUGAAGAUUUUAUAAAAGCUUGUUCAAUUGAUCAAUUGGACCUGAGGAAAACUUUGGAGAAAAAUAAAGUCUACACAAUCACCAAAAAAUUUUUGCAGGAAUCAAAUUGGCAAACUCCGAAUGUAAAUCAUAAAUUGUAUAUACCUAAUGAUUCUUUUAAAUCAUAUAAUAAUUAUAUCAGCGGUGUUCAGCUUAACGACAAGAACAAUGAUGAUUUUAAUAAAAAUUAUAAAAUCCGUCAUUCUAUACUUGUACAAGAAUUGUAUAUAGGAGAAGGAACUUUUCUAUUGGAUAUAGCAUGGGGACCAAAAGCUUCACAAAAAGCAACAAUCCAAUGGCCAUAUAAAGAUCACCAUGUCACACCUAUUAUACAUGCAUGCAAAGCAUUAGAACAUCUUAACGGUAAGCGAGAUCAGUUGGUUGGAUAUGAAAAACAACAUAAGUUUGAAAACAUGUUGGAAUUCAUAACUAAAAUUAUUUGGAGAUUUGUUGACAAUAAACCAGAAAUGUGGAAAUUGAUAGAUGUUAGAUAUGAUUUGAUGUCAAAACUCGUUAGAGAGAGAAGGUGUUCACACGAUUCUAAAAGAAAGCUGCAUGUACCUAUGACUGAAAAAUGGAAAGUUAUGUCUGAAAUUUUUAAAACUUACGAUACAAAUAAUGUUGGUAGUAAUUAUAAUAGUGUUGUUCCAAUUGAAUAUUCAAAUGGUGGGGAACGUAAAAAAUCAAUAAUGGUUGGGUAUUUUUUAGAUUAUUAUGGUAAUAAUGCACUUGAACAUCUUGGUUGGAUGGUGACAGCCUCGAAAGCCUUGCCACACCUUUAUAAACAUAAUUUGGAGCAUUAUGUCGAAGAUCUAUUUUAUAAAGAGUGUUUUGCUGAAAAGGAUCUUGACGGUAAUUAUGCAAUUGAUGAUCUAAUAACAAAAGAGGAGAUGUUAAAAUUCCGACGAGCUGAAUUCAAAGCAUUUAAAGGCAACACAAAACUCAAACAAACAGAUAUGGUAACCAAAUUCAGUUUGAAGCAAUUUAUUGGUGAUUGUUUGAUCAAAUGUCUCGGGAUGAUAACGUCGCUUACCAAUAGUACUAGUAGCAGUACAAUGCCGCCUCCUAUAGUGUUGAGAGUUGUUCCAUUUCCCAACUUUACACUUAAUAGUUUGCCAACACAAAAAUUACAAGAAGUAAUUGACGAUGUUAAGGAUUUUAAUAUGCCAAAUUUUCUAGUAUUGUUGAAAAAUAUAUUUAAACAUAUUUUUGUACCAAGAGGUUAUCAAGUAGGCAGGAAAAAAUUGGAUGUGUUGAGUCCAUUUGCGCAAGUUAUAAAAUUGGAUGAAGAUAUUUUUAUAUUUGAUAAUCCUGCAAUGGAGGCAAUAAUAGAUUUUAGUCCAGUGGUUGUGAUGAGUCUUUGUUUGAAGACAACUUUUGAUUUUCAAACUGGAUUUAUUGGUGAUUCAAAUGAUCCAACUUUGGUGACUUGGAUGUCUUUCACCAUUCUUUUCAUGUGGUGUGAAUUUAUUUUAUAUCUUAGAUUAUUUGAUGCUCCGUGUGUAUACAUUUAUAUAGUUAUAAAUAUUUUAAAAACUGUAUGGCCCUUCUUGUUAUUCAUGGUUGUAAUAAUUGUGGCAUUUGCACAUACCAUGUUCAUAUUACUUCAAGAUCCAAAUUCAAUUGGUUACGUACCAAAUGUAAAUUCAUAUACAGCACUCAAUCUCACAACAAAUGAACAAUUAGAUUUAGGAUUUCAAACAGAUUUUGAUCCAAAUUCAACGUCCGAUAAUCCAUUCUCUAAUUUUUUUACAGCAAUUGAAGCAACUUAUUUUUGGAUAAAUGGUGUUUGGACGCAGAGAGAUUCUUGGAAUACCUGGGCUAUAAAAGUUUUAUCUAUGAUUGCUAUAUUUGAAGAAGCAGCAUCAAAAGGUCGAUACGCAUGUCUUCGAUUCAAAGCAGAUAUGAUUGCAGAUUAUGAAGCACUGGAACAUAAGAAAUUUUAUUUUUGGCCAGCACCAAAUGAACCAAAGUAUAUAUAUUAUGUUGGUCAUAGUGAUAAUUUUGAUGAGUGGAAGGAGAGAUCUAAAGGUCGCCGAGGUUGUAUAUUUAAACGAUAUGAGAGUAGGAAUGACUUUUUACAGUAUAAAUUUGAUGAUGACGAUUUAAGUACCGAUGAAAAUAGUUUAUGUAGUAAUUUUGAUGGUAGUUUUAAAUCAAAGAGCCGUAUGAAGUCACCUCUAAGAUUUCAAAAUAAUAAUAAUAAAUCCAUUAUAAAAAGUGGUGCUGAUUUUAAUAAUACUAAAGUCGCUGCAUUAAAAGAUUUAGUCAAGACUUUAAUAUCAGAAUUAAAGGAUGCAAAAAGCAAUGAUGACAAUGCGUGUGGAUAG